UUUAAAUUUUUGCUCGAUUUUUAUGGUCCUCUCUGUCUAGAUUCAUCAAGAACAUGACAAUAUCCAAACAGGUUGAAGAAGCCAGUUUCUCAGGGCAGAAUCAAACCAUGGUUGAAUCAAAUGAGAGCGAUGGAGAAGAUAAGGCGAAUGAAUUACCAUUUAGCUUCAAAAGCCUCCUCUGGCAUGGAGGCUCUGUUUAUGACGCCUGGUUCAAUUGUGCAUCAAAUCAGGUCGCUCAGGUGCUGUUAUCUCUGCCAUACUCUUUCUCUCAACUGGGAAUGCUCUCAGGCAUCAUAUUUCAAGUAUUUUACGGCAUUAUGGGAAGCUGGACUGCAUAUUUGAUUAGCAUUCUGUACGUUGAGUAUCGAACACGAAAGGAAAAGGAGAAUGUUAGCUUCAAGAACCAUGUCAUUCAGUGGUUUGAAGUGCUGGAUGGGCUGUUGGGUCCAUACUGGAAGGCUGCUGGCCUGGCUUUCAGCUGUACCUUCCUCCUCUUUGGCGCUGUCAUUCAGCUAAUAGCUUGUGCAAGCAACAUAUAUUACAUAAAUGACAAGCUGGAGAAGAGGACAUGGACUUACAUAUUUGGAGCGUGCUGUGCCACGACUGUGUUUGUGCCAUCUUAUCACAACUAUAGAAUAGCGUCUUUCCUUGGCCUUGGAAUGACCACUUACACUGCUUGGUAUUUGACCAUUGCAGCUCUUCUUCAUCGCCAGGUGGAAGGGGUCAAACAUUCAGGUCCAACCAAAAUGGUGCUCUACUUCACUGGUGCAACCAACAUACUCUACACUUUUGGUGGCCACGCCAUCACUGUGGAAAUAAUGGACGCCAUGUGGAAGCCUCGAAAAUUCAAGACUAUUUAUUUCACUGCCACUCUUUACGUCUUCACUUUAACCAUCCCCUCCGCUGCCGCUGUCUACUGGGCUUUCGGCGACCAACUCCUUGCUCACUCCAACGCCUUCUCUCUUCUUCCCGUCAGCGGAUGGCGUACCGCCGCCGUCGUUUUCAUGCUCAUUCAUCAGUUUGUAACAUUUGGGUUUGCUUGUACGCCGUUGUAUUUCGUGUGGGAGAAAGUGAUUGGAAUGCAUGAUUCAAAGAGCAUGUGUCUGAGGGCGCUUGCCCGAUUACCGGUUGUGAUACCCAUUUGGUUUUUGGCCAUUAUUUUCCCCUUUUUCGGACCCAUCAACUCUGCGGUGGGGGCGCUUCUGGUUAGCUUCACCGUCUACAUCAUCCCUUCUUUAGCACACAUGCUCACUUUCAGAUCUGCCUCUGCCCGACAGAAUGCUGCAGAGAAACUUCCCUUCUUCCUCCCUAGCUGGGUAGCCAUGUAUGUGGUGAACAGUUUUAUAGUGGUCUGGGUCCUGGUCGUUGGGUUUGGAUUUGGAGGGUGGGCUAGCAUAGCCAACUUCAUCAAGCAAGUCGACACUUUUGGGGUUUUUGCGGAGUGCUACCAGUGUCCACCCAAGGCCCCAACAACUGCCCAUCAUUGAAUUGUCUCUCUACUGUAUAAAUAUCGAAGGCGUACACAGAAGAGCAUCAGACUUCCCCUCCUGAUGUGCACAUAUUAAUCAGCCAAAUCUUGUCUCUUUCAUCUUUGUGUUUUUUACAUUGGAUGAGUAUUUCGAUAUUUACAUUAACUUGAAUAGGUUUUAGUUUCAAGAAUAACCAUUGUGUUAUUUGAGAUUUUUAGAAAAUAGAUAAUUACAAUGUGUUUCUACCAAGAGUUGAUUUCAUAAUCUCGAAAGUUAAAAGUGAAAAUUAAUACA